AUGAAUAUAAUGAAGAUAGAUGACAAUAAAGUUUAGUAAUCAACAUCUGAAGAAACAGAUGCAAGAAUAAAAAUAAGAAAAAAGAUAAAAACUAUUAGGUAUAGUGAAACUUCUGCAGCGCCACCACGGUUUUCGUUUUCUUUUCUGAAAGUUUUGACUUUUUCAUUAAAAGUGAUACGGAUGGUCGAGGGAAAAACAAACAUUUUUAAAGAAUAGGUUAUCUGGAAAUUCUAGAGAAUAUUGUUAAAACGACUCAUGGCCAGCGCAUUUACCUCGCCCAACAGCUAGGAGCGCGCUGAGUCUUAAGAACAUGGAAGUCCUGGUCCCCUCUCACAGUUUUGUUUAACCACGACACGCCAAGCACAACUAAGUCAGUAGAGCUUCAAUUACCUAAGCAUCGUAUUUCCAUCGCUAAUCACGAGUUCGUGAGUGAUUUCAACUAUGGAACUACGUGUUGGUAAUAAAUAUCGGCUUGGCCGUAAAAUAGGAAGCGGCUCCUUUGGCGACAUAUACUUAGGAACUAACAUAUCCACUGGUGAAGAAGUAGCAAUUAAAUUAGAAUGUAUUAAAACUAGACAUCCACAGCUUCACAUUGAAUCCAGAUUCUAUAGGUUGACACAAGGUGGAGUUGGUAUUCCUACAAUAAAAUGGUGUGGAUCAGAGGGUGAUUACAAUGUGAUGGUAAUGGAACUUUUAGGUCCAUCAUUGGAAGAUCUCUUUAAUUUUUGUUCUCGUCGAUUUUCUUUAAAAACUGUUCUUUUACUUGCUGAUCAACUAAUAUGUAGAACAGAAUAUAUACAUAGCCGUGGUUUUAUUCAUCGGGAUAUUAAACCAGAUAAUUUUUUGAUGGGUUUGGGAAAGAAAGGAAAUCUUGUAUAUAUAAUUGAUUUUGGUUUGGCAAAAAAAUAUCGUGAUGCAAGAACUCACAAACAUAUACCAUAUCGGGAAAAUAAAAAUCUGACGGGUACAGCUAGAUAUGCAAGUGUAAAUACGCAUCUUGGAGUAGAGCAAUCAAGAAGAGAUGAUCUUGAAUCAUUAGGAUAUGUUUUGAUGUACUUCAACCGAGGCAGUCUCCCAUGGCAGGGUCUAAAAGCUGCAACAAAGAGACAAAAAUAUGAACGUAUUUCAGAAAAGAAAAUGUCAACUCCAAUUGAAGAGCUAUGUAAAGGUUAUCCAGUGGAAUUUGCAAGGUAUCUGAAAUAUUGUAAAGAUCUUCGGUUUGAAGAAAAAGCUGAUUACAUGUUUCUCAGACACAUGUUUCGUACACUUUUUCAUAGUCAGGGAUUUACAUAUGAUUACGUGUUCGAUUGGAACAUGCUCAAAUUUGGUAAUUCGAGACAGCCAGCAUUAUCAUCUACGCAACAACCAAUGGCACAUUCACAGCCAACUAAUAAUCCAGCAACUUUACCUUCAGGGACCAAUAAUGAUCAAGAGCAUCAACCAAGCGGCGGACGUAGUAGGACAAAAACGAAGGGGCAACGUGAAACUGACACAACGCGAUAGAAUAAUAGCAGCAAUUGGUGAAAUGCUAUAAAAGUUCAAAUUGAUUUUUUCAGAUAGGCAGAAAACUAACGGAAUGACACAAGUAUGCGUACGUAUCGUAU